GUACCUGCACAACGAAGACGCUCUUCAGGCCCAGGGAAACCCCCAAUGUAACAAGAGCAAGAAACAAAUAGAGGCUCGACAUAGAGAAAACCCUGUAUCCCAGUUUUCAGGAAAGACUCCAAACAAACGAGAGUCUAAGCCAAAGGAAAGGGGGGAAUUGUCUUUACCCUCACCACAAGGAAAUGGCAACUGGGCCCAGAACGGAAAAGCCUCCUUCCUCACAAAAGCUUGCCAAGACGAACACCCUUCAUACAGUAACAAAUUUAACAGCCCUCCGAGAAACAGCCAACUAAACAAGGUGACGUCAUCGACUUGGGGUAAAACGGGCCACGGUAGUAGGUACUCCUCCUUGUCUUCCUCUCUCUACCCGACAGCACGUGCUGAAAAAGUGGACCAAAAGGACUUGUUGGGACGUAUCGUUCGCUUAGAGAAUAAAACAAGUAAAAUGGAUUUUGAAAAAUUCUGCACGCCCGAAGUGUCUCCUGUUUCUUUUCGGAAAAACAUAGACUCACUUAGUCCAAGGGGUAUAAGAGCACACCGUGAAGGGAUUAGCAGACCUUACCAAAACUUGCUCGAUCCACAACGACGACGCGAACACUUCAACAGAGACCGGAUGGGUUCAUUUCUUCGUCGGUACCCGUACAGCGAGAGGAAAUAUCGUAACGAUAAGGAAAACGCCUCAUCCAACAAACCUUACUUCACACUGACGGAUCAAGAAGCAGUUAACCUACCGAAAGUCCGAAACAAGACCAAAUCGGCGUUCGCAAAGAGCCCUCUACGCACAAAUCGAACCCCAACCAAAGAGAAAGUUAUCCCACGGUCUUCUUCACCAAAGUCAAGAAACACACAAGGUACAUGUAGUUCUGCUGAGUCACAGGGGAGCUCUCGAAUAGAUUCCCCAUCCUUCACCGCCGCCACUUCACCCCCCGUCCUUUCAGGCAGCACAGUGGACGCAGACAACCAGGAGUGUGCGGAGGAGCUGAGGGUUCGUCUUCCGCAGAGGGACAACUUCCACAUGGAGAUCACGUGCAUGAAGCUCAAACCAGGCGAUAAAGAGGUUCUGAUGGGUCGUUUGUCUCAAGCCGGCUCCCCAGUUAAUGUGGAAUCCCGGAGUCCGAGGAUAAGUGCACACAACGUGGACGUCAGUGGCACCCACAGCGAAGAAUCGUUGGCGUUGGGUAUUGACGCCAAUCUGCAACGAGCUGAACACCCCGAGCAGGAUGGAGAUCUGGCCAGAGGUGGCACUGCGUCCAGGAACAAGAGGCGGUCCCGUUCCUCCGUGUCCUCCACUCGUCAGACUGACAAAGAUCAAGGUCAGAGGAAGUGCAGCGACUGCAGACAAGACCAGUGUACACUUCCUCUGUGCGCCAAUUUCUCCCAGGAGGAAAAUCCCGCCAACGCCGAGGAGGUUGACGGCGAACAUACUUGGUUCAGGAAGGCUAAGAUACCUUUAGAACAAUCGGUUUCACCUAAGUCGUCAACGGUAAUGAAAGGGCCGCUGGUUGACAAACAUCAACGGACUAGAUAUUUACAACUGGAAGAGCUGGAGCCGAUAAAGACGUCGUCAGUCAGAGAGAGAGGAAAAUCGAGACUGCACCGUCCAGAGAGCUUUCAGUGUAAUGUCACCGCAGCCAGUUCUCCAUCAAAGGACGUUUACCUGUUGGCAGGUCGUCACCGCGUAAGACCAUUGAAACUGAAGGAGAAGCUGUUACACAAUGUGGUAAAAUGUGACCUUUCUGGAGACUCUUGUGGUGAGGAUGAUUUGCCUGACCGUAAAAUAAGGGACGCCCUUGGCAAAUUUCACAAACAUGGCGGUGGACCGACGAUAGGAAGAUGGCAAAAAGGCGUCACCACGUGUAAGAAGAGAUGGAAUCAGCUCAAGUCGAGGUCGACCGAUUCUGAAAUUGGCAGCUCUCCUAUCAGCGAGAAACCUAAAAGUAAACGCCAUCGCUCGGUCGUAAAAGAUGAACAAGGGGAAGUAACUGAAUUUGCCAAGAAGUUGUUCCAGCCAUACUUUCAACACAGGCCCCAAUACAAUAAAAAUGGCUAUGAUAAAGUUACUGCUGUGCCUGCCACUGCCAGUAAGCUGAAAGGAAGAAAACGCAGAAAGAAGCAGGCGGAUGAAGAAGAACCCUAUUACAGGCCAUUUGACGCACAGACGUCAGAAUCUGAAGAUGAUCUGAGGACAUUAACUGAUGAUCUACUCCCGCCGCUGAUCACGUACGCGGAGCAAAAGAACACGGGUAACCUGGACGACACCAAUGCCGGGCAGAAAAGGCAUCGGGUACACUCUCCAGCCGAUGCUGUCAAAGGAGGGCGAAAGUCAACCUCACCUGACAUACAUUACCGGCGCCAGCUCAAAUCGGAAGUGACAAGAAGCUCUGACAGAAUCAAAAUGACCCCCCGGUCGGCUGACCCCGACAAUCCCCGUCAGUUCUACGCCGGGGCUCAGACUCGAGGUCACUACGACUUCUACCCGGACGUCAAAGACCGUCUGGACUGUUCCUCCCAGGUGAUCCAACCCCGCGCCUCGCGCGUGAUCCCGCUGUCUACGCUACCGGCCACUGGCCGACGUAAGAAGUACGGCAAGUCCGGGAACGCCCUGCCUGCACCGCCGUCAUUGAUGCAGAUCCCCCCAUCGAAGGAGACUCUGGUCAAACUGAACAGUAAUGUUAAGCUGCCAACUGAAGAUCAACGAGUGGUGUUCAUGACGCGAUCUGUCACUGACAAAGAGCAAAAAAAAGUCAGAACGUUUACUCUGCAGGGAUGUAGCACAUUCGGUAGCGAGAAAGGUAAUACAAACCUCCGUGGCCGGGAGCUGGAGGAUAGUCAUGUGCGGCCAAACACGAUGGUGACGGGUGCCAAUUCAAAUUCCCAUCGAAAGAUGCAGAGACAUCAACGUGAUCAAACACACUGGUCAAGCCGCUCUAAACGGCACCGUGCUCGCAGUAACGAGGUAAACCUGGAGGCGUGUUCUGGCGAGCUUAACAGUCUGAUAAGAUCCACAAUCAGAGACGAAAACCACUACCACCCAAAUACCACAGAGCAUCGGCAAACAGAAAUCUGGGAAAGAUGUAAGUUUGAUUCAAAUCUGUACUCGCCGAUGCGAAAAAAUCCUGUCCCUGGUGGCUAUGACAUUGUGGAGGUGGGAGAAGCUAAAGUUUUGAUUUCACCGAUAGACAACUCAAGACAAAAUAACUCUGAUGGCAUUCCCGAACAGAUCACGUAUUCUCCUGGAGCUGCCAAAAUAUCUUUUCCCAAGACCCCUAGAAAGAGAAAAAAUGACCUCAAAUAUGUUCGCUCAAAUUUGUCUCCAGAUUUCAAUAACGUUCAGUUCCAUGUUCAAAACAAAGAGGCAAACGUAGAGGAUAGAGGAUGUCAUCUCAACCCACAGACACGAUUAUGUUUCCCAAAGACCCAUAGAAAGAGAUUAAAAUUUUCAGAAGAAAAAGCAAUCUCAAACUCCAACCAAGCUCUAUUGAAAAAAUCCAACGACGAUCUCAAAUGUCUGUUGACCACGAUUUGUCCUGACAAGUUUAGGGUCCUCCCGUGUGUAUCAAAACGCGGAAAAGUUCCAUUUGGCAUUGAAGACACCAGUAAACUGAUCACACGACACAUGGACUCUUCGCAGUCUGACGUGGGGUCAAAGGGUUUAAAGUUUAAAUACAACACCAAAUACUCCGUUCAAAAUUCAACCAAAUGUCUCCUCGCAACAUGUCCUGCCGAAACAGGGCUCCUUCACAACCGUGUGCCUAUUUCGGCCCCUGGACGAAUGCCUGAGGGGGACAAUCACCAGAAAAGAUGGCAGGAUACGAAUACACAGGUUCCCCAACACACAGACCUCAUAUUUGUGCAGAAUCCCAAUGUCGAUAAAAAGAAAGAAAAGCGAGAUCGUGGUCAUGGCACGUCAACACGCUGUGAGUUAAUGGCUAACUUAGCGGGUGAUACAAGCGAGUACACCGGCAGUAACGGAUUUCAAGUUGCCAGACUCGCCAAAUUAAUGACAGUAAAGCCCAGUCCAGCUGCUUUCCGAUCUCAUUCAACCACCAUUGUAGAGAUUGAACCACGCAAGAGUGCCUGUUUUAGAAGUGGUUUAGAUAGAUAUAGUACACUUGAACAAAUUGGAUUUGUUCAUAACCGCCAGCUUUGCCCGACGUUGCGUGAUUCGAAACAUUGCAGCGUUGAAAACGAAACAUACAUAGAAAAUAGCGUACCCAGUAACCAUGAAUUUCAACACCCUUUCGACGAAGGAGUUAUACCAACAAAACUAUUGAAAAAUCCUAAAGGACUUAGAGCUACAUGUCGGGGAAAAUUGUGGAAAGAAAAAGCGCGCAGGGAAGUUCCCACUAAUAAACCAAAGGCAAACAACAACACACUGAGUCUUCCGAAUGUGAGCGCCUCAGCGCGCGAGAGCUCCCCCUCUGGUGGAGAAAAAUUGUUUGUCAAGAACCCAGUGGAAGGAAAGUGUUUCCCUAAGGAUAAAGCCAGGAAAAGGUUUUGCAGACCGAAACGUCUCUCAAAAUACUCACUGGAUAAAACCUUGCAAAGAUACAGGCUGAGAUCACAAGACCAGUCUAGUUGCAAUACGACCAAGCCGUCAACUGGUCAAAACCAAACGCUCAAAGGCUGCACGCUGAAAAGGAAACGCGUUUCUGGAAUUCCUCGCCCUACCUUCCCUACCGUUCCCCUCUGUGAGUCAUCAUCAGAUAUCAAAUCCACUUCUCUCGAUCGAACACAAAUUCCUGUUUAUUCCAGGUUGAAUCUAUGCAAGUACAUCAACGGCUUAAAAGAUAAAACGCCACUUGCUCUUGAACAGACUUUGGGAUCUGAGAGCUCAGUUACUUCACACAGGAAGCUUGUUUGUCUAAGAACUGGAAAGAAACCUUUGGUUCCCAAGCACGUGGAAAGAAAUCAGCGAAAGAGCUCCAGGGAUGUUUCAGGAUACCAGCACGGGUUGUAUGUAGUUAAGAUUCAGAGUGAGAUGACAAUGUCCUCCACUGUUUCGAUCCCCAAUACCGCACAGCAUCAAGUGGAUUUGCACUCCAAAACGUUAUGUUCAAAUCAAAACGUGUUAGCUCGACACUGUUUCACAAGGUCCCAACGUGUGUAUGACAACGCCGCUAACACUUACAGCCGUUCUAGAUCUGUCCUAGGUAAACUAAUCCCCCUGGAAGCGCCAGGAGAUCGCAAAGCCCCGAAGACCCCCCAUGGCUUACUCUUUGACGGACACCUGCUCUAUACCCUGCAAGUCUCCAGUACUGACCCUGUCUGCUCGGACACCUCCCAAAGUCUAAUGAACGAGAGAAAUGGUAUCUCUUGUAUUCCAAGUCGGUGUCUGUCAUAUUAUCCAAGUGGCGAAACCGCGCUAAAUGUGAAUGGUGAAUUGGGGAAAACUGCCAUGGCUGUUGUGGUUCAGUCGGCGUCUGAUGAAAUAUCCAACACUCAGCAUGCGAGCGAUUCUGAGCUGGAUACAUUUGAGUCGAGCAGAGUCGACGUCUCUGUAUCAGACAGUCAAUGGAGCACGCGACCGUUACUGUCUUAUAGUUUUCUAGAUGAAAUAGAAGGUGACGGUUAUUUCGGAGAGCAGGGGGCUGUGGGUAAUAAUAUAUCGGAUCUCAGUCUUGACUGGUGUCCUCUGUCGUCUGAAAGACAAAGGGUGGCGGAAGAUGACUACCUUGAGGAUGAGACACCUGGCAAACACAGUUGUAGGACGUGGACAUUCCACGACUCACAGCCCUCCAUUCAGCUGGACAGUGAACAAGUUUCCUACAUGAAGAUUAUCCCCAAACGAAAAGGUGUCAACGGAUUUAAGCUGUCUCGACUUUCUUUGCACAACAAUAGACAGAAAAGUGGACGACUGAGGGGUACUCAGGACAAAGGAAAGGGUGAAGACUGGGCUGUAACGGGCACAACAACAUCCUUGCCAUCCUCUGUCCCGUCCUUUUUGGGGAGUGCAUCGCGUGAUUCUACCAUCCCUGCCUCCUCAUCAUCAAAUGGUAUUGGAACUCGGAUAAAUCUGAAGGCCCCGAAAGAUCUCCCGUCUAGCACACUAUCUGUGACGUCUGCAUCGCCCCCCGAAUAUCAACGAACACGCCUUGGAGGUAAGAGACGCUCAGCUUGGAAAAGAAAGCAUGCCGCGAGACGACAGCUGUCCCGCAGCAUCGCUAGAAGCCUGACCACUUAUAUAAAAAAGCCAAAACGUGUAGAUAAGAACGUACUAGGGUGUGCAAUCAGAAAUCCCACAGGUGAUUAUUUGCCAUUGCCUUUAGCUCAAGGUGCCCGCUAUACACCACUGGCUCAAACAUGUCAGGCCCAGACACCACUCCCCAAUCUUCCAGAUGCGGAAGGCGAUGGCAUUGCUGUUGUUGAGGCGGAAGCGAAAGAAUGGAUGUUGAAGAAUAAUGGUCAAGCUACAGAGAGAAUGUACCACGCCGUAGACCAGCAGGUGUCAUGUCGUCUGGAGGAAUUUAUCCCGCCCACGGACAUGCACAUGGUCACACAACUGGAGAGAGUGAUUCGUAUGAGUCAUAACCAGAUGUCGCCUGCAAGACCCCAGCAACACACAGGCUGUCUUCACGCGAGGUCCAGCAACAGCUGCCAUGAUGACCUUGAAUCGGAAUCUCCACAGUCAAACAAGAACAGCAAAAUACUUGAAUCUGAAAGUGAGAAUUUGGAGAUACUAAACAAGACGAAAUUACAUUUCAGUGAAAGAGAGAAGGCAGACACUCUAGUAACCAAAACUCAACAAAACUCUCAUAAGAAUACUUCCAACUCGCUUUAUAUCUUAGACUUUGGGAAUUCUCCAAAGCGGGGCUCCUCUCCAGAACUUAGCAUUAUUACUGUUGACCUCCAGGAGGUUACCCAGCACGCAGAAAGUAAAAAGAAAGGUAAAUAUUACGAGCAGGCAGAAGACCAGCAGGUCGAUGAUCCCGCAAAAUUAUCAAAGUAUGACGUGAGCAGAUUUCAAAGCCUUCCCUCUGGGGAUUUCCCAUUACUGCAUACGCUUAGUACGGCAGAGAACUGCCUUGUUCAGAAAAAACGAGAGACACAUAAUAAUAUAAAAACCAAUAUAAAAAGAAAAUCGAAAUAUAAAACCCCGAGGGAUAUUUCCCUCAGCAAUCGUUCGAGCGACUUCUUCAGGCCCCAAACAAUUCUCCAAGACUUUACAAGGAAGGCUUCCACUAUCAAACCGAAACCAAAGCCAAGACGCGGAGCCGCGUCUUUAAUUCCAGUAAGAAAGAAAACUGAACAAAUUUCUCGCUCAAGUCUAAAAAAGAAAACUUCGAUAGAGAGCAUCCAGGUAUCUAAGGGAUUUACAACCCCAACCAAGGGAAGGAAAGCACGAGGUGUACCGACAGCGCACGAGAAGCGACUAGAUCAAAAUACGGUGGUCAAACAUAUGUUAGACCAAGAAUCAUGCUCAAGUUUCCAGACGCAUUUCAGUCAAAAACCUGUCAAUUUGAAAUAUCCACUAUCGACAAGCAUUGCCUCCAAGCACGACCAGCUGUCACAGAGUAAGAAACGUCAGCAAUGCCGAAAGUCAAAAUCAAGAUCCAAUCCAAUAAAACCGUUCCAGAUACCUUCCAAAAUCCCUGUGCCUGUAAGGACAAUAUCAAAAAGCGUGGAGGUCAACACGUUACUCAGAGGUACUUUUAAUGACCAGCAACCACAGAGCGCACAUACAGAUUACAUGGACCAGCAGGUUUCUCAAAAAGUCACAACAGACGUGACCCUAGACUCCGCGCCGGACAGACAUAAGCGGGCUUCUAGAAUCCCCGUGCCGAUAAAUUAUGCAUCUUCUAAAGCUCUCAUGACAAAGGAGCAAGUGGACACAUCAGUCCAGGCUGGCCUCAGUUUGGGACAACCGUCAACAACAAAUAGCACGAUCCGUGGUAAGGACAAAUGUCUGGACAUGUGCCCCCUGUUGGGAAUCCCCCUCCACACUUUAGGAUUGUUCAACCAACAUCAAAUCUUCUGCACCAGUCCACCCCAUAUGGGUUCAUGCAGGAAGGGAAACCAGGACUACAACAUGACCUCCAUGCUCACUUCUGCCUCUAAAGGCUCCCGUUAUCAUCCUCCACCAACUCCGCUCGUUUUCUACGUUCAAAACGAAAAUUUGAAUAAAAGUGAAGCCAAAAACGCCGUAAAUGUGGAAAAACAAAAGUUGAAAGCCUUACCGGCCUCAAGUGACAAAUCGAUCAAUAUCGAAGGUGAAGGCGACAUGUCAGCUUUGCUGUUAGACGUAUCGAAAUCAGAAUCUGCGAAAUCGCCAAUUAUUCAGUCUAUGAGGUCUGCUGGAGAGAAAAGCAAAGAAAAUAUGAAUCUGCAUGAGACCAGUUCUGAGAAGCACACACGAUCUAAAGACUCAAAUCUAUUGCAUGAAGUACAGAAAAACAAGGAGGCAAAAGAGAACAAAUCACAUCCCAGAAUCCGAAAUUUCCGUGCAAAUAAAACAAUACCCGUAGCGAAAUUCAGAGAAACGAUUAAGAAAAUCCCUGCCCCUGACACAAUGCCAACUCCAGUCUUGGCCAAAUUUGACAAGCACAAGCAAUCAACUCAGACCUCACGUAAACGUUGUAGAAUAGCUGGCAGACUGGCUCAAAGAGUUAGUGAAGAUCCAUGCGUGUUGGAACGAGAACGCCUUACAGCUGGUCGACAAAUCUCAGACCACCUCCAACAAAAACAGUUGAAAGAUGAUAUCGACAAGCAAACUGAAUAUCCGAAGAGACCGCCGGAAGUCCGGAACAACAAAGACGGACACAACGAGAUGGCUUCUCCAACGAGUGUGUCUCCCUACCCUGCCCACGCCGAGGAGAAUAUGAAGCUGUUGAUCUCGGCACUGAGGAGCUCUGAGACCCCCACACAGUCCAGACUGAGACAGGCGAAGAAAAAAAGGAAGGCUGCUGGGCCACCAUUGUUACACACGAGCGUGAGGUCACGAAGACGGAAUAAAUCAGCGAUGACCGGGGAGAACAUGAACGAGUCACGAUGGAGGAAGAAGACGAUGACUCAAGAAUGGACUGUGUCACAAGAGGACCAUCAGUCGGUACAAGCAGGCAGACAUGACGCGGGGAAAACUCACUCUCGGAAAGUGGCCCCGUUAACUGUGGCAAAUGUAGAAAGAAAACCCGGUGGUAUCCUGGAGAAAACAAUACGCUUUUCCGGGCCACGACCAAUCCCAACUUCACAUUUUACCAGAAGCAGUUUUUGCUCCAAUCGCGUGAAUGAUACAAGGCAGUACUUCGUCUCUCCGUCUAGAUGUGCAUUUGAGAGUAACGAUAACAAGGGGGAUGCCUACAGCUCCUUUCAUCUUUCUGAACUUCCAAACAUUCCUGGGUCUGCUUCAUUUGAAAAGUUGUCGUCUGUGAAAACCCCUCCGGACCUUGUGGAUAUAGAACUGUCACUUGAGACCUCGGGUCUCCAUUGUGUCUCGUCCCACGCGGCGAUCGACACGAUGGCAGACGUAUCUGAGUCAAUGCUGGACUCACAUCACAUUCAGGGGGCACAGCACCACGGCCUUAACAGAAAUUCACCCACUUCAAACUAUCAAUGUCUAUAACUUUUGUAACGAGGACAGUAGCACUGCAUCAGUGGUGUAAGGCACCUUGCUGCUGCAAGCGGGUGCGGAAAGUUCUAUUCCUGAAUGGGUAGGCCUUUUUUAAGUGCCUCUGUCUAUUGCGAUGGUGUAUCCCUUUCACUGAUAGGAAAUGUCGAGGUAACUUACCUCUUAAAUUAUCUAAAUUGUGUCGAUGGGGAGUCAAAACAGUCGAAAUUGACUAAGACGGCAGCUAUUGUCGAAAAGAAAAGGGAUUGUCUUAGACAGGCAGACAUCUUGAACAUAGCCAUUAUAUUUUUUUUUUAACGCAAGUGGGGAAAAGGGAAGUGGUUGUUUGUACAGGUGAUUGUCUUGGCCAGGUGGCUUUUGGAGCAGUAUUUUGGUUUAAAAUGUAUUAUCAUAAUUUUACUAUGUCCCCAAGAGACAGUAAUCCAUCAUCUCUACAAAACUUUCAAGAAAAACUUAUCUCCUUGGACGACAUGACGACAGACUCUCUCAUUCUGGGAUCUUAGCCUCUGGGUUGUUUUUUUUUUUUUUUUUCAAAAGUCCCAUAUUAUAAUGCAUUUCCAUGGAAUUUGUGGUGCAGAAGCUUACUUUCCAUUUAAUCUCUUGGUAUGUUGACAUUUGACAGUUUAUUAUUACGUAGGGCUUGACAUUACAUCCCAGUGGGUGUACCGACGCGAGUGCAGUCCCCUUGAGAUAUCUUCGUGUAUCAUUUUGUCUCGUCCUCCCUAACAACGGCAUACUUUUCACUUUUUAGAAUUUAUUUAAACUGAUGCAGGCUCUGAAAAGCUCAGUCGGCACAAUGCUUGAUUACGGUGUGGGUCACCUUGGUCUGAACCCUCAUAUUGGCUGUAUUUAGAUUUGUUUGGCUUGGCACUACCGAUAUGACCAUUCAAUUCCGAGGUUUCUAACUUUUGAUAGUCAUGAACUAAUGUAGUUUAUUUUAGAAGCAAUUUUUCGCCGGCGACCGUGUUUGUAUAAAUCUGAUCAGUAUAAUAAUAUACAGCCCACUCGUCAGUUUACUAUUCAAUAGCAACCUUUGACUAGCCACCAUUGCUUGUAUAAAUCUGAUAAGUAUAAUAAAUACUAAUAAUAUACAGCCUGCUCGUCAGUUCACGGGUCAACUUCUUGCUUAAACCAUCAGCCCACAGACAUAGACGUUUUCAUCGGACUUGAUACAUAGUACAUGUAUUAGGCCUAUGUCCCGUACUUUGAGGGCUUCAUCUAUUCUUAGACCUUGCUUGGCCUUUUGCCAUGGUAUAUUGGCUCCCUGUUACAACCCCCUCCUUUUUUAGGCUAUGUUUGAAGUCUGUUUCUUGAUAAUUUUGUCGUGUACGGUAGUACACUGACUUCUUAUAGAACUAGACAUCGUUCACAACAUGCCAUUUAAUAAUAUUAUCACAAAUACCUAUAGAUCUAGUCGGGUAUACUUUCGUAAUGAUUUACAAACUGUAUUUUAUAAGCUAUGUGUGUCAACUUUUAUUUUGUUGUACUAGUGACGGAAUAAAAACAAAAAAUGGAAUUUGAGACCAACGUUGCUUUCUGAAUACUUUUGACUGCGUACAUGUAGG